GGAGGGGGGAAAAAAGGUCAAUUAAUUUUUGUUCAUUUAUUUUCUCUGUGGCAUGAAAUGGCAACACCACCGUUAACGCCCACAACGCUCUCCCCGCUCGGAAGCCCGCGUUCCAAAAACGCGACUGCGACGCGACCAACGAUAACGCUCGAGCAGCCGUCUGGAAAGAACAAAUCCGGCGGGUCCAAAUCGACGAAGCUCCUCCGCCGCGUCAGGUCAGUUUUCCGGUCACUUCCGAUCAUAACGCCGAUGUGCAAAUUCCCCGUCGGAGGUACGCGUCUUCACGAGAAUCACGUUCACGGCGGUACCCGCGUUACGGGAACACUGUUUGGGUACCGGAAAACCCGGGUUAACCUCGCGAUUCAGGAGAAUCCGCGUUCGCUGCCGAUUCUGCUGCUGGAACUCGCGAUCCCGACGGGGAAAUUGCUUCAGGAUCUGGGAGUGGGUCUGGUGAGAAUCGCGUUGGAGUGCGAGAAAAAACCCAGCGAGAAAAUCAAAAUAAUCGACGAACCCAUUUGGACAUUGUACUGCAAUGGUCGGAAAUCAGGUUACGGAGUGAAGAGGCAGCCAACGGAGGAGGAUCUGGUGGUGAUGCAGAUGCUCCAUGCCGUGUCAAUGGGCGCCGGAGUUUUGCCGGUGAGCGGCGGUGGAGGAGGGGCGGAACACGGCGGAGGAGCGGCGGCGGAGGGAGAUCUGACGUACAUGAGGGCACAUUACGAGAGAGUGAUCGGGUCGAGAGAUUCGGAGACGUAUUACAUGAUGAAUCCUGACGGGAAUGGUGGGCCUGAGCUCAGUAUCUUCUUCGUUCGGAUCUGACUGAAGGGAAUGUAUGUGACUAUAUAUAUAUAUACACAUACAUGCGUGCAUGCAUGUUCUCAAGGAUAAAUCACAUGUUGGUAGAUUCUUAUUAACUUUGCAGUGACAGCCAUCGGGACAAAUUUAUGCCGUUGAUGAUGUACUGUUGCAGAGAGAGAGAGAUUCAUCUUUGUAUUGUCUUUGUAUUGCUCGAAUUCUAUUUGUAAAAAAAAGUGUUAUUUAUCCAC